UGUUGGGGAGCAUAGAAGUAAAAGUGAAAGAAUCAUCUCAUUACGUGGAAGUCAAUAUGUCACAAACCAAAGGGUUUGAAAAACAAGUCAUCGUCCAGCUCAUGAAAGAAUCCCACUCCCCUUUGCCAUGUAAUCAUGCCAAUUGUCGAGGAAUAUUGUUAUGUGAAGCAGAUCAAUUAUCAAAUGAAACCCUAAUGUACGUAAAAUGGGCAAUUGAAAGGAACAAAGGUUGCACCAAAAUCUUCUUCUGCUGUACUGAUGCCUCUAAGCUUCACCUUCUUAGCUCUGUCUGCACUCUUGUUCACCUCUCCCCUCCUUCAAAACAAGAGAUUGUGGAAGUGUUGGAGUUCAUAGCAAAACAACAAGGAUUCGACUUGUCGAAGCGAUUGGCGGAGAGAAUUGCCGACAAUUCCAAGAACAAUCUCCGACAAGCCAUACGAUCCUUAGAGGCUUCCUGGAAAAAAAGUCAAUUGUUUGAUGAAGAUGAGAAUAAAUUAUUGACGGGUUGGGAAGACGACAUUGCAGAUGUUGCUAAGAAGAUAGUCGAGGAGCAAAGCCCAAAACAGUUGUAUAUAGUUCGUGGAAAACUCAAAAAGCUUAUUGAAUAUGAUGUAUCCCCCAAUUUCAUUUUUAGGACUUUAGUAGAUGAAUUAAAGAAGUUUUUGGACGAAGAAUUACAACGUCGUGUUGAAGGUUUCUAUGCUGAUUAUUAUAAAUUGGAAGAAAAAGCAUUUGUUAGUGAAAGGGGCAGUGGGGAAGAGACAGUGGUCAAAGGGCAGAAUGAUCCAGUUAGAAAGAAUGUUAACCAUUUCUUGAAGAUUGAAGAAUUCAUAGCCAAGUUCAUGAGCUGCUAUAAGGGAGAAGCAAAUGCCAUGAAAAUAAAUAAAUAAAUAAUCUCAACAUUUGAAAGGUUGGUGAUUGGAAAAAAUUAAUAUCAGAUUAUUAUUGCUUAAUUAAUAUAUAUUUAUACACAAACUCAUAAAGUAUUACUUGUCAUGUAAUAUUUCUUGAAUUUUUUUCAAGGUGUGUGGAGAUACUCUU